AUGGAUCUGGACGAAGCCGGUGUGCACGAGGGCGGAUAUUAUGAUGAUGAGCCUGAAUACCAAGAAGCUGAUUUUGAAGAUACGCUUCGUGAAGGAGAUGCUGACGACAAUGAUGUCGAUCACUAUGGCGACGACCAAGUAGUGCAUUCGAGUGCUGGUGGCUCCAUCCCUGCUGAUACCAAUGCACAUGGUGAACCCAACAAGGAGCGUAUCACUACACCAUAUAUGACCAAGUACGAGAAAGCUCGCAUCCUCGGCACACGUGCCUUGCAAAUUAGCAUGAAUGCACCUGUCCUUGUCCCGACUGAAGGAGAGAUGGAUCCGCUAGCUAUCGCUCAGAAGGAGUUGGUGGCUAAGAAGAUUCCAUUGCUUGUGCGACGGUACCUGCCGGAUGGCAGUUUUGAAGACUGGAGUGUUUCGGAACUGAUCGUGACGGAAUAA